CACUUGCGCUUUCUCCGCUUGGAGCUGAAGGGUUCGCUCAGUAAAUGGUCCAUUAAAGCGUGAAUGUCUGAUUGAAUGCGGCCUUGGUAUGCGCAAGAGCAACUCGCCGCUCGGAUGAGCAACGAGAUGAGAGUUGUACGGGGUGGAUGUUCACCCUCGAUGCCCCAGACCCUUGCACCCUUGCACCUCUACGUCACGGUGGCCCUUCUUCCAUCCCUUCCAUCCCUUCGACGGAAUGUUACAUCUCGUGUGCAAAGGGAUCGCACUCUCUCUCGUCCUCCAAGUGGGUAUAAAGGCGUCGUGCGACCGGGCGACGGUACAGUAUCAGGUCGCAAGGCUGUCAAGAAAAUACACACGUGUAGCAACAUGGCAUGGCCCCAUGUGGACAGAUUGAAUGUGCAAGUACGCUUCGUGGUCAUUGCAAGUCCUCCUCCAUCAUGAACUCCGGAGAGUCACGCUGGAAAUCGGUCUUAUCGGCGAGCAUGCCUUAAAGUAGAUACGGUAGAAGGCUGCUUCGCAUCCUGUGCAGUGAGCAGCUCGUCUUCCUCUUGCGAAUAUUUCAUGCUUGCUUCACGAAUAUGCCUCUGUUUCGCCCAAGAGUUGUACUUAGGGUUCAUCUCCGAAUGAGAUCAAUCAGUCAAUCAUUUUCUUGUCCUAAAAUACGUGUUAACAUGCGAGGUUCCGGUGGGAUUUCGGGUUCACAGUAAAAUUCGAACCGAUCUUCCGAUUGUCAUUGAUACAUGGGCAACACACAGCUUUGUUGUAUAGACUUUCCAAGAUGAAGGUGAGAGAGUUGGGAGGACUUAAUUGUGUAGAAGAUGACUUGUAUUGUACAUCUCCCAAGACCGUGAUGCACUACAGCGCCAGACUCUAGUUGCGAAUCCAUUUUAUGGCAAGCGUCAACGACGCUUCAUCGGGGUUGGCACCCUGGAGUACAAAGCUUGAUUUGAGAGGCACAUCAUCGUGAUGGAUGCAACCUCAGUGGGACUCAUGGGAGGCAUUGGAGAAGCAUUUCACACCUAUACUUCAGUGGAGGCGUGUUGUAAAAUUUGCAUGAGGCAUUAGUUAGCAAGGUGAAAUGUAUACAACUCUUUACGUGCAGUUUCUCAAGAACCUGUACGCCAUCCACAUGGAGGAAUAAUCAAUGUGACCGGACAGACAUCAGUAAUUGCAGAUAAAAGAUCCAACAUGAACUGAGUGGGAUUUUUUUAAUUACUGCAGAGACCGAACAAAUAAAAUCAGUUUCUAAAGGGAUGUACGUCAAUCAUUAUAUAGGGUAUUC